AUGUGCAAGGCCAUGAGCAAAGCAGCGACCUGGGAGAUGGACGGACUGCGCGGUGACAGCAGCGGCGGCGGCGGCGGCGGCGGAGCCUCCGGGCAGUGCCGUAAUUUUCUCUCCUCGCCCGUUUUUGGGGCGGCGCACACGGGCCGAGCGGCCGCUGCCGCUGCUGCCGCCGCCUCGGGGUUCGCCUACGCCGGCGGAGGGGAGCGCUCGGGGGCGGCAGCGAGGGCCGACCCCCCGGCCAAGGACUGCCCGGGCUCCACCGCGCCGGCCACCGCCCCCGCACUCGGCUAUGGGUAUCACUUUGGCAAUGGAUACUAUAGCUGCAGGAUGUCCCACGGGGUUGGGAUCCAGCAAAACGCCCUGAAGUCUCCCCCCCAUGCCUCCAUUGGCGGCUUUCCCGUGGAAAAGUACAUGGACGUCUCCAGUCUGACCAGCACGAGUGUCCCAGCCAAUGAAGUCUCCUCCAGGGCGAAGGAAGUGUCCUUCUACCAGGGCUAUACAACCCCCUACCAGCACGUUCCUGGGUACAUAGACAUGGUCUCAACGUUUGGCUCUGGGGAACCGAGACACGAAACAUACAUAUCAAUGGAGGGCUAUCAGUCUUGGACUCUGGCUAAUGGCUGGAAUAGUCAGGUUUAUUGUGCCAAAGAUCAGACACAGAGCUCACACUUUUGGAAAUCAUCCUUUCCAGGGGACGUUGCACUAAACCAGCCCGAUAUGUGUGUCUACCGGCGUGGGAGAAAGAAGCGAGUGCCGUACACAAAGCUGCAGCUUAAAGAACUCGAGAAUGAAUAUGCCAUUAACAAGUUCAUUAACAAGGACAAGAGGCGAAGGAUAUCCGCAGCCACAAAUCUGUCUGAGAGACAAGUUACAAUUUGGUUUCAGAACAGGAGAGUGAAGGAUAAGAAAAUAGUCUCCAAACUGAAAGACAAUGUAUCUUGAUCUAUUAGUUGUGGACAGUGAUGGAUAUAUAAACUCAAUUUACGACCAGCUAAAGACUUUUGGAAAGACUUGAAAAAUAUAUUUAAUUUUUUUUCCUCCUUCCAGCGGUGGCGAAAUUUCGGGAAUUGUUUUCCAUGAAAGUCAGCGUUUUUCUCUCAGUGGACGGGAGUGCUGACAAAUCUUGAAUUAUAGGUCUGUUUCUUCCUUUCGAAAAUAAUAAUAUUAAUAUUAAUUAUAUUUUCUAUUCUUCCCUCUAGGCCAGUAUAAAGGAAUUUAAAUAUGUUGAACAGUUACAGAUAUAACUUUCUUAAAUGCUUAACUUUUUCGGGGGAGUUCUGUAAUUUUUUUUUCUCUAAACAACAGCAAGUGCCAAAAAGUGUCAUGUUUGAUUUGCUAUCUAAAACCUCAAAACAUGCCGAGAAAAAAAAAAAAAUCAAUCGGAAAAUGCAAGAAAACCGGACCAGUGGCAGCGUCCGGCUGCUGCCAAAACCCGCUGAGGUCACUGGAACCCGAGGAGAAUUGUGAAUUGCGUGGAGGGGUAACUCUGCAGCCGAACUUUUUAGUGCUUUUCGAGGGACAGAGAAUCCGCCUGAGCUGUUGCGGGGUGCAAAGCACAGUCCCAGGCACGUCCCACCGCUCUUUCCGCUUUUGCAGGUUUGCGGUUUUGGUUUAUUUUCUUUUUUCUUUUCCUUUUAUUUUUGGUGCGGUUUCGUUUUCAUUGGAAUAAUUUCAUAUUUCCUGGUUGAAAAAGGAGCCGCCGGUUGCCGGGCAGAGGUGUUUGGGGCCGGGCGCUGGGCGCUCCGCAAGGGCGCAGGUCGCGGCACCUCGGGGAAGCCCUUUCGGCGGGACUGAUGGGCCGGUUCGUCCUGCAGUCAGGGGGAAAGCUGACGCUACAGAGGUGUGUAUAAACCUGCGCAGACCUUGUGUAAAAUAUCCUGUCUCGACUGUCUUGCAAGACUCUUCUCCCUCCACGGCUUUUAAAAAAUGCCCCCUGGUCGGAGAAUUGAAGUUCCUCAAUAACUUUUAAUUUACAAAAAUAAACGGGUGUUAAAUACAGAAGCAAUAAAUAAGGCAUUUCAAAAGGCGCCAUAAUUUAUACAGGCCGAAAGGCUAGGAUUUUGGCGAUUUUGUAUUCUUUUAAACGUAGUGUACAUGUUAUGAUAUAGACAGGGUGAUCAGACACGCUAGUCAACUACUAGGAGAGACAAGCGAUAUCUUCUCUGUUAAGGUGCCUCGAUUAAUUAUUAAAAGGUGUGUGUUCCGAACUAGUAUUAUUUAUUAUAAUAUACUAUUGCUCUAAACACUUUGAUUACCAGUGUAUGUGGGUAAGACAUACGGUAGGACUAUUUCUCCAUAAACCAUAUCCUUUUAUUUCCUUGUCUUAAAGUCUGCUUUUACUUUGUGUUGGAAAUAUGGACUGAACUUCCAAGCUGUUAACAAUGUUGCCAAACUGAUAUUGA